AUGGGAUGUUGUCUCAUUAAAAAAUAGAAAUCCUCCCUAAAAGCUUAUAGAUAUACUCUAAAUCCUUAAGUUGAAGAGAACAAACAAGACAUUAAGCAAUCCUUUAUUCAAGAUAUUUAAGUUAUAAUAUUGAAUCAUUCAGAAGAUGAGUAAGAUAAAGAUUCCCUUCAUUCAAAUUUGGAGUAUAUAAGUAGUUAUUUUCAGCACUGAUAGUUGGGUAUAAGGGGAAGUUCUUGGAUAAGGUGCAUUUGGAAAAGUAGUAAUGGGACUUCAAAAGAAUGGUUAAAUUAUGGCAGUCAAAUAGGUUUUCAUAUAGAAUUUUAAUGAUCAAGUAAGAGUCUCCUUGUCUAUUUUAUAGAGAGUUAUAUAGUUACAGAAGGAAAUCUAAAUGCUUAGCAAAUUACAACAUCCAAACAUAGUCAGAUACUUAGGUUGUGAGCAAAAAAAUUAAUUUAUUAAUAUUUUUCUUGAAUAUGUCAGUGGAGGUUCCGUGUAAUCCAUGCUUGAAAGGUUCGGUUGUUUUAAGGAAAGUCUGAUUAAGACAUAUCUGAGAUAAAUUUUAUUAGGAUUGAGUUAUUUACAUGCACAAAAUGUAAUUCAUCGAGAUAUCAAAGGAGGUAAUAUUCUAAUUGAUAAUUCUGGGAAGUGCAAAUUAGCUGGUAAAAUAAGGUGUAAUUCUUUAUAGACUUUGGAAGCAGUAAAUAAUUGAGUGAUUUUGCUCAUGACACACUUGGUUCUAUUUGUGGAACUCCCAAUUACAUGGCUCCCGAAGUAAUCAAUCAAGAAUAAUAUGGAAAAAAGGCAGAUAUUUGGAGUUUAGGAUGUACCAUUAUUGAAAUGGCCACAGGUCUACCACCAUUCUCAGAAUUAAAGGAUGCGAUUGCAAUCAUGGUCAGAAUUGGCAAAUCAACUAAGCCUCCUCCUAUUCCUCCUCAGUUGGUAUCUGAUGAAUCUAGACAUUUUCUAUCACUAUGUUUAUAAGUUGAUCCUAAAAAAAGAGCCACAGUUGAUUAAUUACUCAAUCAUUCUUUUUUGAAGAAAUCCUAAGUUAAUUCUAUUUCCAAAAAUACUUAAAAGGUUCCCAAAAAAGAAUCUACUGUGAUUAAACACACUUUCUUAUUAGAUAAUGAAGUCGAAGCUGAUUAAAUUGAGCCAAAUUCUCCUUAAUUUUAAGGAUUAUAAGGUAAAUCCUUGUCUAAAACUAAUUAAAUUAGUGUCAAGAAAAAAGUUGAGCUCCCUAACUAUAACUUAAUUAUUGAACCCGAUUUGAGCGAUUAGAUUGAUUUAGAAUAAAAGUAAUAGGAGAUUACAAAUUGUGAUAGCAAUGGUUAUAUUAAAUUCUCUAAAAUUGAUAAUUAUAAAAGUGUAAAAGCAAAGGAAUCAAGCUAGAACGAAUCAAAUUUGUAAAGUGACUUGGAUAAUGUUUUAAAUUAGUACUCAUAAUAGAUGUGA